AUGUCAUCCCCCAAUAAAGUCUAAAACCCCACCUAAAAGGCCAAAACCAAACCGUCAGGCGGCACAAAUGCCUCUCCUUUUCUAAUUCCGUUUGUUGGAAAGAGCGCUUCCUGCAUGUCCAUUUUCUGAAUUAAAUUUAACUAUUGUGAGCUGCCAUAUUUCACUGUCCUUUCUCUCACUAGAUCUCUUCUUCCCUCUCCAUCAUUUUCCCGAAUUUCAAGGAAAUAGGACUUGAAAUUUCGUGGAGGUUAUGUCAGACGCCUUGAUCAACGGCCUCGCCGGUGCCGGCGGUGGAAUAAUCGCUCAGCUCAUCACCUACCCUCUUCAAACUGUAAAUACUCGUCAACAAACAGAGAGAGAUUCGAAGAAGGAAAAACCGGAACUCGGAGUCGUGGAUCAAAUGUGUCAGGUUGUAAAACAAGAAGGGUGGGGUCGGCUGUAUGGGGGAUUAGCUCCAUCGAUUGUAGGCACGGCCGCAUCUCAGGUGAACUUGUUUAGCUUGUUCCUUUUUGCAUAUGCUGUAAAUAAGGCCGAGUUAACUGCCCUUGAACGGAAGAAGAAAGGUAUUGGUGAUGGUUCAGUCGGAAUGCUUUCAUCACUUAUGGUUGCUGCUCUAUCCGGGUGCGUAAAUGUGCUGCUAACAAACCCUAUAUGGGUGGUUGUGACCCGCAUGCAGGUAAAGGAUGCAAGGCGCAGUUGCAGUAUAUUCUUGAAAUAUGCUCCCCAACCACCCCCCUCUUUGCCCCCUCUUGAUCUUGCAAUCAACAACGCUAAGCUUAAGUUGAAUGAAAGGAUUUAUGCACACAUAAUCGUCGGAUCUAUCUUGCAGACUCACACAAAGAAAAGACAACCAAACAGUACUGAUUCUCCAUCUCCCAAAGAAUUAAUUCUUUCUGCAGUGGAACCUCUUCCUUUUGGUACUACCCACGCGAUUCAAGAAGUUUAUGGUGAAGCUGGAGUCUUGGGAUUCUGGAAAGGUGUUUUCCCCACACUGAUCAUGGUGAGCAAUCCUUCUAUACAGUUUAUGCUUUACGAGACUUUCUUGAAGAAGCUUAAGAAGCAGCGUCUUUUGAGUAGUAAGGGUGCCAAUGGUGUCACUGCUUUAGAGAUUUUUUUGCUAGGAGCUUUGGCUAAACUGGGAGCUACAGUUGUGACAUAUCCUCUUUUAGUUGUGAAGUCAAGACUUCAAGCAAAACAAAAUGCUGGUGGUGACAAGAGGCAUCAGUACAGAGGCACAUUGGACGCCAUACUGAAGAUGUUGCGUUAUGAAGGCUUUUACGGUUUCUACAAAGGCAUGGGCACAAAAGUUGUACAAAGUGUUCUUGCAGCUGCUGUUCUUUUCAUGGUUAAGGAGGAACUUGUUCGAGGUAGCAGAUGGUUAUUAACCAAGAGGUCGGUGGGUUCAGUAAAACCAAAGCUGCACUGACUAGAAGAUAAGUUCUCAUACUUGAUUUUUACGGCCCAAAAUAUUUACCUUACCUUGUAAUAACCAGAAAUGUCUUCGAACUCAAGAAAGCAGUGGAAUCAACUUUCUGUCUUGUAUACUACUUCAAAGACACAGUUGACCUGUAUUCAUAGUGUAUGACAGAUUAUUGAAAAUCCAGUUACCUAUUCUGGACUUCAGCAUUGUUGAUGAUGGGUGAAUUAUUUUGGUUGGGAUAUGCUGUAUUGUAGAACUUAGCUGCUAUUGGAUGAGAUGAAAGAAAAAGAUGAUAUUGCUGGAUGGGUGAGAUGAGAAUAACAAAGGAGUCAGCGGUUACAGAAAUGUUGAGAGCAGUUGGUACUGUAAACAGUGAAAGGCUCCUGUAUUUUAAAUUAAAUUGGGUGCUCUAGUGAGAUACUUUACCAGUUGCUCCAUGAACUUCUUUAUUAUUAAUGUGGCAUCACUUGCGUAAUAAUGUUUUGUUUUCUUUCUUGCCUGAAUCUAUGACCAAGUAGAUUGUUGCACAAUGUAAAUGGAUAUAAUAAUCAAAUUAAAUAAAAGAUAGAGAACAAAUCCGUUGCACCAUA